UUUCUGCGUUGUUGUGACAUAUUAUUUUUGCUCUUUACAAAAGCAAUUUCGCAUAAAAAUUCAAUAAUUUUGAUUAUAUCCCGUCCUGUACGUGAUGAUUGAUACACGUGUAUCAUUAAUUUAAAGAAAUUUCACAAAUUCUAUACUAUGAAGUUACAUACAAUGGGUUGAAAUUGUGAUUGCUAUCGGCAAGUUCAUCAAUGUUGGUUUCGAGAAUUCGUUGGUAUUAAGGAAGUAGUCGGAUAACACGGUAAUGUAACAAUGGAACUGGAGGUGUCGCCCGUUAAUACUGAACAGAACGACAUGGAAUACUCCGACAAUUCAUCGGAGAAUAAAUACAUAGCGUGUAACAACAAUGAGCAUUUCUCUGUGAUUCGUAUCCCUGAAGAUGGCGAGAAAACCAGCAAACACUCCUCCAGGAAACAGUCAAAAAGGCGGAAAAAGAGUUCUAACCACUCGAGACCCUUACCCAGAAUAAUAGUGAAGCCAUUGCCACCUCCUCCUCCGCCUGAAAAUAGAGAAUGGAUGGCUGCGUCAUCAUACUCAGAACCCAGCACUAACUCCAACAAGCUAUCUACAAUGCGAGAAGUUCUAGCUAGCAUACCAGGUUUUAGUAUAAAGCCUAGAAAACGAAGUGGCAAAAAGUUAUCCACAGCAGCCCAACUUCAACAAACUAGAGAAGGGUGCAUCGAUUUAGAAACUCCAGAUUCUAUUUUAGUGAACACAAAUAUUAGACAACUUUUGAACAAGCACACAUUUUCUCUUCUCCCUCCUUUAUACCAGUACAAACUGGGACAACUCCUUCCUACUGUGGACCGCCCCAGUCCUUCGGGGCGAUUAAGCUCAUCUAGUCUUAACAAUGAAUUUUUUUCCCGUGCCUGUUUGGAAUGGCAGGACUGCCUCUCUGGAGGUGAGUUUACUCCAGAAAAUCAGCAGAAAAUGAAGACUGAAGCUGAAAAAGAAAAGAGUAAAAUUGACCCAUGGAAAUUAAAACACUUUGAACCAUUUUGGGGUGAGAAGUUUAGAAAAGAAAAGUCUUCUAUUAACCUAAAUUCAGAGAGACCAUCAUUGAAAACUACAAUUAAAUUAAGACCCACAGCUUCUAUAACCAGCAGCAGCACUGUUCCAAAGAUUAAAAAGAGUAAAUCUUCAAGUACUAAAAGAAUGCGUUCAGUUGGUGCAGUCACCAGGUCAUCUGCUAAAGUGGACGAAGUUCUGGAUGAACCAGUAACUGUUAGUAUAAAAUCUUCAGUACCUGUCCCAGACCUGCUCCCUCUCAAACAUGUCAAGGGUUAUGUUGACUGUCAAGGAGAUUUUAGUGAUUCAUCUUCUGUGCUCAGACAAGAUGAUUCAGUGUCAACAACACCUGUAGAUCCUUUACUACUUCCUGAUGCCGAGUCUGGCAAUGAGUUAAAGGAAGAAUUAGAUAUUACUGUGGUUACUAUUGAGGAGUCUGCAACUUUGAAAGACUUUGAAGAAGAGAAGGCAGACAUUGAUAGACUUGUCCCUGAAACUUCAAAGCGAUUGAGUGGUAAUGAGUAUUAUGGAACAGCUAAGAGAAUUAAGUUUGAAGAAGAUUUUGAGUUAGAUAAUGAACCAUUUAUAGCACAUAACACAGAUGGACCUGGCAGCAACAAUGCUUCAGAUAUUGAAACAAGUUACAAUAAUGAACAUAUUUCUCAUAGUGAUGAACUGCACAUUUACUCAGAACAGGAGCAUGGAGAUACGAACAGUGAAGACAGUAAAGCAACUGCUUCUGUUUAUGAGUUUGAUGAAAGAAGUGUGUCCAGCAUGUCCAGUUUAAAAAUAGAAACAACUGUACACAAUACCACAGUGACUGACACUAAUAUGAAUGCAGAGCCUGCAACUUAUGGGAAUGCACUGAUAAGUCACCCAGAAGUAGAAACUGUACAAGAGGUAAAAGAAGACAUCAAACAUUCUCCUAUACAUGAACACCAAAAUGACUUUGUACCAGAGGUAUUUCAAGAAAGUAUUAAAAGAGAUUCCAGCCUAGAUUCUCCACAGGAUAGACCUUCAGAUGUAGAAAAGAUGAUGGCAUAUCAAAAUGUGGAAAUUAUGGACGAAAUUGAUUGCCAAGUUCCUCAACCAACCGAAAAUUGCAGUCUAAAAACUGAGGAUGACAUUGAAAAAUGUGAUGACAAAAUUAGAUCUACGGAUAAUGUUCAGAAUUUCUAUGAUGAACAUUUUAAGGAUGCAGAGUCAUUUAUCAUGGAGACAAGUGGACUAACCAUACUUACUUCUCAAAGUGAUGAUGUCAAAUAUACAUCACAUCCAAAUUUAAUGGAACUGUCAUCAUAUAUGAGUGAAACAAAUGUGACUGCUGUUGUUACGAUGCCAAUGACACAAAACUCAUCAAUUCCCAUGAUGGAGGUUACCAAUACAUCUAUGGUUUCCUAUCCUGAUGACAACAUGCAAGAUCCAGCAAAACCCAAAAACUCUGCUGUACUAUGGAAGAACGAAAAUGAUUGGGCCCAGAAUGAGAAUGUAAUCACAUUGCAUACAUUUCCAAAUGUUACAACUACAGAUAACAACAAAUAUGUGAAUGAAGACUCCAAGAACAGCAUGGAAGAUUCUAAUAUAAAUGAUGAAAAUUGUAUGUAUAAAGAGGACAGGGAUGCUAAUUUUAAUAUGGAGUCGUCAAACUCUUCAGAGAGUUCACAGUCAAUGAAGGAGGUGUCGAUGAAGCAGGAAGAGCCGGCGACGAGUCUGGUGUCCAGCACUACUGUCACCAACCCUCCCGUCAACUCCACAUCAAUAGCUCAAGGUGUCAGACAUUCUGGGAAAAAAUCUAAAUCUGGAAAGGAAUCUAGCAGAAGUCGCAGCUCGAACAAGGUGCCGCCGGGCGCGGUGAACCUGGAGCGCAGCUACCAGAUCUGCCAAGCCGUCAUCCAGAACAGCCCCAACCGCGACGCGCUGCGCGCGCAGCUGCGGCCGCCGCCCGCGCUGCUCACGAGGCCCGCGCGAGCGCCGCGCCCGCCGCCGCCGCCGCCGCCCGUGCUCGUGCGCCCGCUGCCCGCCAUGCCGCACACUGAGGCGGAGAACCGACCCAACAACGUAGGCCAGUACAUCCUCGUCCAAAGAACACCCAACGUCGCGCCGCGGGCCUCUAGUGCCCCACCGGCUAAUCCCAAUACUAAUGUUAGUGUGGCGAGAUGUCGAAGCGUAGGUGCGGAGGACUCAUGCGUGUGCAACUUACGGGCCAUGAUCCUGUGCAAGAAAUGCGGUGCCUUCUGUCACGAUGACUGCAUCGGCUCGGCCGAGCUGUGCCUCACCUGUCUCAUACGCUGACCCUACACCUCAAUCCGCUGGCCUCUCGCCCCGUACGGCUAGGACACACGGGCCACAAUAGGCCACACAAGGUUUCUCCUCCUAAACUUUGUUUAUACCCAAGUGUGACCGGGCCUUUUCCUGGCAGGUAUAAUAGCUUUAGCUUAAGAUUACGGAUGUGAAAGAAGGACAAUGUGGUUUGGAAUGGUGGUGCUAUCAGAAUGUAUCGGACAUUGGACAGUGUUCCCGUAAUGUAGUGUAAAGCCAUUCCCGUCUCUAAGACAGAAUCGUAUCUCUUAAUAAUAGUGAUGUAUAUAACUACGAGUAUAUUUACCUAAUUAGAUAUAAUGUAUAGAUGCCAGUGCAACAAUAUAUUUACACAGGACAUCGUAAUUGAUAACAGAAAACAUAUGGUAUAAAAACAAUGAGCAAUAACAUGGCUUGCUGCCUUUAAAUAAUGUUUAAAAUAGCAUUGUUGAACGUUAUAGAUUCACUAUUAGAUACUGGUCAGAUAAUCCCGAUUAGGGAAUAAGGCUUUAUGGUAAAUAAUUAUCUAUUGCGAAUAUUCAGGAUUCUCCCUUUGAUUACAGGAAAUUAUUUAUAUAUCGCUGCACAAGUUGCCAUUGAUUAUCAAGUUUUAUGUAGUGUACUGAGUCGGCAUCCAGCUCAGCUUAAUUUAUAAUGUAAGUCAUAAGCGUCGUAACUUAUUUAUUAAGCAUAAACAUGUAACUUUAGUGUUUGUUAAAGUUUCUUUCGGAAGUAUCUUAGUUGUUGUUAAGUACAUGGAUGCUUAGUGAGUUAUAAGACAUUGAUUUCAUUUUUGCCAUUAUUUUUAUAUUUAAGAUAUCAUCACAAUUUGUUUUAUUCUCUUACGUUUUAAUUUGAGAGUACUGUAAGCGCCUUAGCUAGUUUUAGGGUAAACAGACUAGUGUUGAGAGUUGACCGACGUUGCGCGUCGAAUAGUGCUUGCGCACCGUCUUAUUUCCCAUCUAUUUAUAUAUUUUUUCGAUUUAAGGUUACAUUUGUACAAAUAUUUAUUGACACGAGAAGGCUGAUGGAUGAAACAUCGGAUGUACGUUGGGUGUUAUUUUCUACAAAAAAGGGUUUCAAGUUUUCCACAUUGCAUAUAAAUUAGUAUGAAACUGUAACCACGCAAUAUUCAUAGUUGUCUAUAAUAUUUUUGUAAGGAUAUUUUACAAUUGAAUGGCGUUCGAGUAACGAAGCCUCGUUUAGCGUUGUAUCGAAUUUUAUUAUAAUUUACUUCCUGAUCUCUUCUUUUUAGGCCCCUUGAUUCCAUAGAAUCCUUCUUAGCUCAUAUUUAUAGUUAUUGGCUUUAAUAACAAUGUUAAGACAACUGAUUAUCAACAAAUAACCUGAAUUUAGAUAGAUAGGUGUAGCCCAGUAUAUACUUCAUUGGUUUGGCAUUCUAAGGUGGAUUUAGACCAAACAAGCGAAUGCUCAUUCUAUAAAUGAGAGUCAGAACCAGAUCAUUCUUCCGUAGCAAGAAUACAAGUAAAGAAUGUUUUGGUUCUAUGUUCGUUAAUUGUAAACCCAUCUUAACGAUAAACUGAAUUGGUACAGCCGGCAACGAAAGUUGAAUACUUUUUUCUAAUGACCUUGAAAUUGUUAUAAAGUCACAGCAUUUUAACAUUUGAACUAAGGUUCAAUGUCGACUGUAUGGCGCCUAUCGACUAUGAAGGUCCUUGUGCUUUAUUAAAUACUUUUAUAUCGGAUGUUUAUUUUCACACGUCUUGAUUUUCUCAAUGCCGCAAUGACAAGCCAAGUUGAAGAAGUAUAUAUCGCUCCAGACAAUGCCUCACAUAGCAAUGCCUUAUAAAUAUGAUCAAAUAAUAUUACAGACGCUAGAAGAUAUAUGUAUUCGUAGAUAUAGAUUGUUUAAACAAGCGUUGCUCAUCACAAAUGUAUAAAUAUAGGUACAAGAAUAUAAAUAACAGUUAGAACUACCACAGAACACAACUUCCGACAGUAAGUAAAUGUAAAAUGGUAUCCUAGUUAGUAAUAGUUCAAUUUAAACUUGAUUACACAUGUUAUAAAACGUAUUUGUGAAGGAGUCGUCGACAAAGUAAGACCCUUUGCAUCAUAGUUUAACACAAGUAUAAUAUUCCCUGUACUUACGCAUAAAGCUAUUAUUUUAAAAGUGGUUCUAUGUAAGAUUUUUAUACGUGUUUAAAUAUUUGCUAUUAUUUAAAACAAGUUAUUAUAUAAUUCUUUAAUAGUUAAGAUCUUCAUAAUUCAAUCACUGACGCAAUAAUUAAAUUAAAAUUUAUAUCAAAAUUGUAUGUAUGACCUGACACACCAACGACUACAGACUGCGAAUUUGCUUUUACAAGAAUUUUUAACAUUGGACUUUGUUAUUGCAAUAAUUUAGCAUUUUUGUUAUUUAUUGGUAAUUAGUUAUUUUAGACACGUGAACAUUUUCCUCUAAUAAAAAUUAUGUUCUAAACUUAA